AGUUGAAUCAGCGUCGUGCCUAUUCAAAUUCAAUAUGGCGGCGAUUUCAGUGGCCAAGCGAGCAACUUUGCUCUUUCGAAGAUCAAUUUUACCUGGUAGAGAAGGGUUUGUAUCAGUCAGAGCUCUGUCGGUUACCAGCGGCAAAAGAAAAGAGGAAAGUUUUUUCUCAACCCUUUUUGGAUCACAAGUUGAGAAGCCGACAGACGCGCACUCGAAAGUUUUGACGGAGAAGGAAACCCUCUAUGAGUUUGAAUUCAAUGAUGUAAAGCCUGAGUGUAUUGAAGAUUAUGUGGGUCUGGUAUCAGAGUUUUUACCAAAAAUUAGUGAAGAUGAUCAAUUUCCUGGUGAGUUGGUAGGAGCCUGGACAACCAUGUUUGGAAGACUUGAUCAAGCAAUUCAUUUUUGGAAAUACAGAGGAGGGUUUAACUCUGUGAUGAAGGCUAAGCAGUAUGUCAGAGAAAACAAGGAGUAUCUUGAGUUUGCAAGAAAGAGACGAACCAUGUUGAAUAACAGGGAAACUCAACUUCUCCAUGAAUUCACCUUUUUUGGUGAACCAGAGGCACGAGCCCCAAGCCAUAUCUAUGAACUGAGAACGUAUCAUCUUAAGCUUAUGAAGAUCUUGCAACCAGACAGAAGAUAAGGCAGAAUAUGUGGAACAGGCCUGGAUGGGACACAUGUGUUGCUAACACUGUUCCAUUGAUUCGUCGAAUGGAAUCAAGAAUAAUGAUUCCUUUGCCAUUUGGACCUCUUCAGUAAACACACAAAAUUUUUUGAUACUUUUUGGCAACAUCAGGAUUAUAAUACCAUAUAUACCUGUGCUCUUGCCCUGCUUCAUUAACCCUUUGACUCUCAGGAGCAAUCAAUAAAUAGAUUCUCCACACUGCUCUUGUACACUGGCAUGCAGAUAAGCAUUGAGAAUCACCAAAUUAUCAACUAUGGGAAUAUUUUCUGAGAACCAGCCAACAGAGAAAUGUGCUGAUGAUAUAAGUUGAGAGAAUUCACUCUCAGAUCUUGAGAAGUAAAAGGUUUACUCCACAACAAUAGUACCAAUUUCAUUUAUACCUUUUGAUGACAGAGACAAAAAUUUAUAUGGUUUCAAGGGAGACCUUUUUUUUUUUCGUGAUGUAAUCAAGGAAAAGUCUGUGUAGAGGAACACAGCUAAAAGAUAAAUGUAUACUCUAAGACCUACUGUUAUACUCAGCUGAUUUGGGUUAAUUGAUUUGAUAAAAAAUGCCUCUUUCUUGAUGACCAAUCACUAUCUCUUUUAUAAGAUAUGUGUAUUGAUUAUGUUAGGAAAAUUCAGGGAAAAAUUAUUUUCAUAUCCUAUAUAUUUAGCAGUUAAUUCUAAACCUGGUCAUUUGAUCAGUAUUACUCUAAAAAAUCGCAGAUAAUGAUCUUGUGAUUCAUUCUGAUACUCAUAGCUCAUUGAGAAGCUGUAAUGUCUCAAUUUUUAAGGGACUUGUGUGUGGGUUUAUGCCUUAUUUGUGUAUGUGGGGUAACUUUUUUUUUCAUUUACAUCUUUGAAUAAUUACUACAUGAGCAAUUAUUUUUCUGAACCACAAUCUGGCAUCUUAUUUAAAGCAUUUGUUUUCAUUGUGACAUGGAAGUAUGCUAUUGGUGUUAUCAAAUGUUCCAUUCUUCUUCCUGAAUUAUUUAUUUGAUUUCUUUUUCCCGGCUGUUUCGAGAGGUUUACAGUUCAUAAACUGAAAGCGGGGCCAUUCAGACCGUGAAAAUUAAUCAAAGAGCAGAACUGAAAUAGUAGCUGUCAAUUUGUGCUAUUCUGCCAAAUUAAAUGUCGAGUACAAAACAAACGAAUCUUGACUCGUUAUUUACGAAUUACGGUUAGAUCGCACCAUGGUUAGAUCGCUCCAACCAAAAGUUAGAUCGCUCCACUCGAAAGUUAGAUUGCUCCAUCAAAUAAGGUACUUCGCUACCAUAAUAAGUUACUUCGCUACCAAUAUAAGUUACUUCGCUCUAUGUAGAAGACUAAGGUAAAGGUAGCAAAACUCGUGUCUGUUAAAUGUUAAGACGAAAUUACUGGUCUUUUUAUUCUUUCACGUGGUUGUGGAUUGUAGACGUAGAAUUGGGGAGAAUUAAACGCAGCAUUUAGCUAUUACGACAUGAUUAGCGGAUUGGUAAAAAACAAGAUAGAGAUGAUGCUCUGAAAAGGUUGCCAAUAAUGAAUUUAAAUUAGCUCGUUGAAUGCAAUAUGUGAACUGUGGCAUGUAAGGAAAGUUUCGUCACAUAAUUUUGUCAGAAUGGCCUUGCUUUCAGUCGAUUCACGUUCAAAAUGUGUAUGUUGCUGGACUGUUUUUGCCUUGUAACAGUAGCAUGUGCUUGUAAACCGUUUUUCAGUGAAAGUUUUGAAGAAAUGGGGGCGAAAGUUAAAGUGUGGUGUACUUUAAAGACAAUAAAUUCUCUGGAAAAGUUUGUUACA